GCACGCACAGGCUCCACUCUCUCUCUCGCUCUCUCGGUAUAUAUAUUUUGACAGCUUGUCCAGCUGAAGAGCUCAUCUCGCUCAGGAGCGCUUUCACUUUCUCUUGCGUUUCCGAGAACACUCGCUGUGAGCCUGGGGUUGUCUCACGCCAAAGCGGUUAGCCAGAAGCCCCUGCAGCACGGCACCAUGAGCAAAAAGAAAAAGGAGUGGAGAGCGGAGAAAGAGCGCUUGCUUGGUCUCGGACAAGAGGAAAGACGCAAAGACUAUGGGGACAACUACCUGCCUUUGGACAAGAUUCUCACCUGGAGACAGCACCACUGUGGAGAUCCAGACGAGGAAGAGGAGCAACCUGUCUCGCUGUGUGACAAAGUCUCUCUGUACAAGGGAGACAUUACAAUCCUGGAAGUGGAUGCCAUCGUGAAUGCUGCGAACUCCAGUCUCCUCGGUGGUGGUGGAGUGGACGGCUGUAUACACAGAGCAGCAGGACAUUACCUCUAUGAAGAGUGCCACUCACUAAAUGGCUGCGAUACGGGCAAAGCCAAGAUCACCUGCGGCUAUGACCUUCCUGCCAAGUAUGUAAUCCACACUGUCGGCCCCAUCGCUAGAGGAAACGUGGGUUCGGUCCAAAGAGAAGAUCUCGCAUCCUGCUACAAGAGCUCCCUAAAGCUGGUGAAGGAGAAUAAGUUGCGGUCUGUGGCCUUUCCGUGCAUAUCUACAGGAAUUUAUGGUUUCCCCAACGAGCCGGCUGCUGACAUCGCCCUGAAAACCGUGAGGGAAUGGCUGAAGGAGAACAAGGACAAGAUCGACCGCAUCAUCUUUUGCGUCUUCUUGGAAAACGACUACAGGAUUUACAACGGGAAGAUGUCCACUUACUUCCCUACAGAUAACGAAGAAUGCGAGGAGGAGAACGAGGCCCACACGGUGGACGAUCCUAAUAAAAAUGAUGCAGAUGAUGACGAUGAUGAUGAUAAUGACGUACACAUGGACAGCCAGGUACACCACGAUGUUGAGAUGCAGAGCCAGGGAGACAUGGAUGUGGACCAACCUGAUAUCCCGAACCAGCCACCAGAAACCUGCACUUUAGCGGCUGAACAUCCAGCAAAGGAAACAGCUACAGAAAGAAGUGACCCAAGGGAAGAUGAGAAGUCUGCAGAAGAAAGCAAACCCAAGCAAGAGAAGGAGAAGCAUGAGGAAAAGAAGAGCGAUUCAGAGGAAGUCUCUGGUAGUGCCGGGGUCGAGAAGGAGAAGAGUGGCGGAGAGAAGACUGAGAACGCCCCAGCUGAUACAAAACAAGAAGAUAAGCCAGGCCAAGUAACAAGCAUGGACAGCAAGGAAGCAGACACUCAAGGAUUAGUGGGGGCCAAAGAGGUAGAGGGUGCUGAAAGCGAGGAGAAAAACACAACUUUGGAUCUUAGCAAGCCUGAAGAUGAAAUGAAACCGAAUCAGGAUGAAAGCCUUGCAGAAACAAACCAAGCAACUCAGACAGACAGCAGUCAGUCCAAAGAUGGUCCGAGUGAUAAGGGUGAGCCGAGUAAGGAGUGAGAAGACAAUCAGCCUCGUAGUUACGCGCACCGGCAAACUGUGCGAAGGUGAACAUGAUGCCACACGGUGGAGUCUCCUGAAACCCCCUCCCCCCUCCCCGUUCCUCGUUCCCCCGUUCCCCAGUGAGAGGAUUCUGUCCACUUCCUCCUUCCCUUUUUCUUUUCUUCCUUUCCUGUCUUUUCCUUGUUUGGUUUGGAAUUUAACAAAACACGUGAGAUAUAUUAGAAGGGCACACGUGAACAUAUCAGAGAAUCUAGAAGGGUUACGGGGUGAUACUUUACCUCACCGUCUUGCUGCUUGAUCAUUUCCAUUUUCCAGGUUUUCUGGUGUCGGAUAUGAACAGGUAAAAUAGAGAAACAAAAAAAUAAUACUCUGGGUUGGAUGGGAUCUUAAUUUAUGCUUAUAUAAAGAAUAUAUUCUCAUUGAUCGAUGCUUUGCACAAGGUCUGCUCUAACACAGCACCUUUACAUCAAUUACAAAUAUGACUAUUUGAUUUCUUUUUCUUUUUCCUUUCAUAUCAUGCUAAUAAGUGACGUGUCAGUACAAAUGUCCAUGUCUGCAUAUGGCCAUAUGUACGAAUAUGCAAGCCAGUGAUGAAAUGAAACACUUGGCAUUAAUACACAGUAAGUGCUUAGUGAAGUGAGAAAAUAAGAGAUGCAUUUAAGUGCUUGGGUUCCACAUGCAAUUAAUAGAAAUUGAAUAAAGCAGAUAUAUGAACUAUACAGUAAGUUAUGUUAAAUAAUUAUACACAUAUAUUUAAAAAUACACAUUAAAUAAUAUGCAAAAUAAUACAAAUUUACUAAUCCUAUAUAUUCUAUAGGUGUGGAUAGUUUAAAUUGAAUGUUGAGUAGAAAGGAGACUUCACGGAAAAGUUUUUCUUGAUUUUUGUUUUCUAUCCAUACUUGCCUGAGUCAAACCAGGGUGGUUUCAAUUACAUACCGAUACUACACUAUAUCUCUAUUUGUGAUAUUUUUUUUUUGUUUAAAAUGACGUUAAAAUUAUGUUGUGGGUCCGUACAGUAACAAAGCACUACACAUCAUCUCUCACAGAGGUUCACAUUUUUUUUGUUUGUUUUUUUUGGUGGUGUUGAUUUUUUUCCCCUCUCCUUGCAUUGUGCUUCAGAAACCAUGCUCAACCUGUUUUACACCCUUUUUAUGAUUCUUAAAGUUUCUUCUAAUCCUUCUCAUUGAUGCAUCAACACUGAUGAUUUGUUGUUUGUUAACAGAUGAACGUUUCUCAUUUAUUACCCUAAUGCACGCAAUCAGGUUUCCUUUGUGGCUUUUUUUUUUCUUCAAUUAUUAUUAAUUCUUUCUUUUUUAAUCUUUCAAUAUUUUCAUUAAACUUUGUGUGCUCCAGAUAAAUCAAGCCUUAUAUGACAGGACAGAUACGAUGUGAUCAUGAUACCAGUGCAACAUGCAGAUAUGAUGCUUGGAAUGAAUAUGAAUAUAUAUAUACACAUAAAAACUGAUAAGUGAUACAUAUAUGAUAAAUAAAUAUUAAAAAUAGUAAAAAAAAUAAUCUGUUUUCUUUGGGUUUAAGGUGAAAUGUCAAAAAAAUAUAUUUCUUUGGUUUUGUUGGAAGGUUUGAUCGAUUACUUGAAGUGGUGCCAUAAUUACAUCAGAUGACUUUAUGCCUUCAUAAAUCGAUGUUUGCUUUGCUUUACAACUACGAAAUAAAGUUGAAAAACGAUUCUUUCCA